AAAGGUUGUUUAAACACUUGAAUGAAUGUUAACUUUUUUAUAUGAUAAUUCGCGGGCGGGCGGCUCGCUUGGCAAGGAUUCGGCCCCCACCCCCGGCCGCAUUUUUUCCACCACCACGAAGGGGUUGAUUUUUUAAACUGAUGACGCGCUUUCAUUCCGCGUUGUGCAACUUGCCCGCGCGGCUGUAUGUGUACCAUUCGUUGAUAAAUAAAAAAAGAAAAGAAAAAAAAACGUGAACGCUUUGUCGAUAGUGCUUGCUCCUUUUUCGCGCGGCUAUCUCGCUGGCUGUCUAGUUCCGUUCCGUUCUAAACUACUAGUGCAUUUAAAAAAAGUUCGGAAAUAAUACUUUGUGUCGUGAACUUUUGUGGUGGCGAGUUUAGAUAUCAUAACUUUAUAUGCGUUUUGUUUAUGAGUGGUUGUAUUAUAUAGAUUGUGGUAGAGGCGCGAGGGUUAGCGUAACUUGGUCGAUCUCGGCCGCGACUUGUGAAACUUUGGAACUUUGUCGCUCUACGGCGGGGCUAGCGAUUCGGGGCUUCCCCAGUACGGAAUACGGACAGAAUGACUUUAACGUAAAAGUGAAUAGUUAUUUGGUGAAGUUUAGCGAAUUGGACUAAAAAGCUGCGGAUAAUAUGACAUUGUCGUUUCAGGCGGAGUCGGACCGGUCGAGCGGCGCCAGCUCGCCGGAGGGCGGCGCGCGCACGCAGCUAGCAGAGCCGCGCUCCCCCGCGCCCCGCGGCCCCACCCCGCACCAUCAGCACCUGAAUGGCUCCAUGGCGUCGAUGUUCCAAAACCUGCAGAACUUGGCCAACAUGCAGCAGAACAUGCCGCCGAUGUCGCAGCAGCUGCAGCAGCAGAUGUCGCAGCAGAUGACCCAACUCGCUGCCAACCUGCAGGGGCUGACUUCCAUGCCUUCGAAUCCGGUUAUCAACUCGCCGCUUAAUCUUAGCGUUAGUGCUCCAGGCAUGGGGUCACCGACCCCGGUGAGCAGCACCAACAUGCUUCCGCCCGCUCUGCCCUCGCCCAUGCCGCAGCUGAUUCUGGCGUCCGGGCAGCUGGUGCAGGGCAUACAGGGGGCGCAGCUUCUGAUACCGACCUCGCAGGGCAUAGCAACGCAGACCAUCCUAACAAUACCAGUCAACCACGUCAACUCAAACGACCAGAUGGUCAACCUGGCCCUCAACAACGGGCAAGUGGUGUCAACAUCCCUGGCCAACUUACAAGCCAUGGCCCAACCGCACCAGCUGCUCAACUCCAACCAGCAGAACAAUCGACCCAACAUGAUGAACCCGUCAUUGUCCAACGCGUUGUUAAAUCCAGGGCUGCCCAACUUCUUGUCCAACGGGGCGGCGAACGCGCAAGAGUUGCUGCAAGCGCUGCAGCAGCAGCAGCAGCCCCAAAACCUGCUGCAGACGGUGCAGCAGCAGAACAACAUGCCGCCGAUGCAGCAGGGCCGGCGUUCGUCAUCUCCUCGGGAGCGCCACUACAACAAGGAGAGGGAGAACUUCGAGCGGUUCGCGGGAGUGGCACGGGAGAGAAGUGAGAGAGAAAACCAGCAAGGGGGGUCGGCUAUGAACAGUAUUAAUAGGCUCGCAGCAUCGAACGGCGAGAUCACGAUCACCACUUCGCACCCCAGCAACGCGGGCCCCGCCAGCAGCGCGGGCAGCGCGGGCUCCGGGCCGGCUCCGUCGCCGCACCCCGUGAAGCUGUCGCCCGCGUCCGUCAAGUCGCCGCCGCAUGAGGACGAUCUGCUGGCGGACUCGCCUAAUCAACCAACAAUCAGCCAGUCGUCCAGCAACGUUGUCGAUGGCAUCAACCUCGAGGACAUCAAGGAGUUCGCUAAAGCGUUCAAGCUAAGGAGGCUGGGCCUCGGCCUCACGCAGACCCAAGUUGGACAAGCCUUGUCGGUCACUGAAGGGCCAGCUUACAGCCAAAGCGCGAUAUGCAGUGCCCUGGCUUCGCAGAUGCUGGCUGCCCAGCUGUCUUCACAACAACAAAACAUAUUUGAGAAAUUGGAUAUAACACCAAAAAGUGCGACGAAAAUCAAACCGGUGCUCGAACGUUGGAUGAGGGAAGCCGAGGAGAGGUACGCAUCAGGUCAGAACCACCUGACGGACUUCAUCGGCAUGGAGCCCAGCAAGAAGCGCAAGCGGCGCACCUCCUUCACCCCGCAAGCGCUUGAACUGUUGAACGCGCAUUUUGAGAGGAACACGCACCCUUCUGGUACGGAAAUCACCGGCCUAGCUCACCAGCUCGGCUACGAACGUGAAGUCAUCAGAAUAUGGUUCUGCAACAAGCGGCAAGCGCUCAAGAACACCGUCAGAAUGAUGUCAAAAGGCAUGGUCUAAAUUUACAACCGAAAAAAAUAGGCAUUUUAAUAUCUCAACCUUUGCCUAUUCAAAGUUUAGAGAUGGGUGGGUUUAGUUUAUCGAUAUCGACUAUCGAUCCUCAUUUGAUUUAAAAACUUUGUUUGUAUAAUUUUGCCUCAUUUAUUGUUAUUAAUUAGGGAGGAGUUUGAAAGUGUCUUUGUUUAGAAUUAACGGUCACUUACGAAUCUCAUGUGGUUUCAAAAGAUAGGACAAGUAUUAGGUAACUUUAAGUGAAUUAAAAUAUAAUUCAAAUAUCGACUGAUACGAUUGCCGUAUUAAAUGUAACAAUGGUAUGAAUGAGAAUGUCGUAGUGUCAUUUAGAAAUUUAGUACAAAAUUCAUCAUAGGCAGCAUUUUAUUAAUAUUUAUUAUGGUUUUGUUUAAAUACUACCUACCUACAAUUUAAUAUAUUUAAUCAAAUAUUUUUGACUUCGUCCAUUGAUAGACACAGUUUUUCAAACUUCUAUAAAUUAUCAUAAUCCGGUAGGAAAAAAAUAUACAUCAUGAGUGUAUUAGGUACCUUCUUAGGUAAGCAAAAAUAAUAAUGUAGUAAUCGGUGUGAGAAAGCAUUUGUAAUAAUAUUAAUAAUACAUAUUGCAUUUUGUAAAUAAGUAAUAAUUGUCGAUGAUACACUUACGAUGUACAUUAAUUUAUUCAAAUACUCUGAGUUGUUUCGUUCUAUUAGUAAAUGUUGCACUUUAUAGCUUUAGGAUAAUGUAAUUAUCAAUAUAACAAAGUGUAGUUACAUGUGUCUGUCUUAGUAUGGCCUACAGAGAUUUUCGAAAUUUUGUAGGGUUUUGUUAAUAGAUAGGUAUAAAACAAUACAUAUAUUUAUGGUGAUAUCAUAACAAUGUCAUGUAAUGUAAAUAUUGUUUUGCGUCUGUCUUGAUAUAAAUGAGUUUUUAGUAAAUUAAGUAUUUUAUUAGGAAUGUUCUUUACUUUUUUAUAAUUCUAUCAUUGAUGCAGUAGCUUACUAAUAUGUAUUAUUUCUGGCACUAAAUAUAAGCAAUUACGAUGAUAAAAAAUACAAAAUUAAAUUAACUAGGAAAUCAAUGUUUCAUUUGUGCAUAUUUUUAUAUUACUAAAAAGAAACCUAAUAAAAUUACCUCGCAUUUCGGAAUUGUAGAUUUUGAAAAGAUAAAUUUAUUCAAAAAGUUAUAAAAAAAUGAUUUUAUAUAUCUUAAGUAUACCAGUAAUAUUAAAAAUAUGCACAAAUAAUCGCUCUUCAGAAUUAUAUUAUAUUCAAAUUAUAAUAGCUCUCUAAAUUAUGUUAAUCCGAAACAUACCUUCCAGUUAUCCAUUAUACUUACUAUUUAUUGCACAAAUUUAUUUACUAGAAAAUGAGCAAAAAAUAAAAACAUGUCGACAAAAUAACUGUUAAAGUACCUAACUAAGGACUGAUAAAACCAAAUCAACAUAGGUACCUACUUACAAAAUAUUCCACCAUUCAUUAUAUUCUAUUCCUACAUGUAUUAAACUGUAUUUCGUAGUAUGGCCUUUGUAAAUAAUUAGAAUGUUUUUGACUUAAGACCUAUUGUUAGACAUAAGGCUGUAAUUUAACGUAUUUUAAUGACCAAUGAAAACCAACUUGUGAUCAUUAAUAUUUGUACUGUUACCUACUACUUAACAAGAGUCGUUAAAAAAUAUUAUAAAAUUGAACAUAUUUUUCGGCUGUUGAAAAAUGUAAAUACAUAUUAAGAAUAAAAAAAACUAUUUGGAUUAAUAUUUAGGUAAAAAGGAAAAAAUAUUAUCAAAAUUUAUAUUUUCAAAAAUUAUUACAAAUGCAAAAAGUAUUAAAGGAAUGUUUGGCCAUAACACGAAAUUAUAGCAAAAAAUGGAAGAUUUUUUAUCGACUUUCACACACCACCAAACCCAUAAUAAGCAGUAAGGUAAACAGUCUAACAUCGUGCGGUGCGAGAUUGUACACAACGCUCCAUAUAUUAUAAUAGUGGAAUCAGAUUUAUCGUACAAUGUUUUAACUGUUGUUCUCAUAGUUUAUUUUUCCGUUAACUGUACAAUUUUGUGUCCUAAUGCAAAUAAGCAAUAGAAAUAAUGAGGUAGCUAAUAAUGUUUAAAUACACAAUAGGUAGGUAUUUAUUAGUAAUGUAUGAAAUGAAGACAUUUGAACGACAAACCUGAUUCCUUCACAACCAAUAGAGUAAUAGAGAGGUGCGUAGAACGCUAAGUACAAAAUAUUAUUUAACCAUAAACAGCUAGUCCCGUUACGAAAUAACAUAAUUAAAUGUAAGUGAGUUUUGUAUUUAUAUAUACUUAAACAAGAUAAAUAGCAAAAUCGCACCGCGCCCUGGUUUUCAUAAGUAUUCUGUAAACAGUAUAAUAGUUACAAUACAUUUAAACACAUAACUUACUUCAGCUGUAACACAUAUUCAAACCAAACUGUAACAGUAAUAAUAAUAGUAAUUUUAAUUUAUCUUCCUAUUGAUUGUACUGGACGAAUGAUUAUGGCUGCUGGAUUAUGGAGAAAAGGCAGAAUAAAGGCAGAUAACUGUUGG